GGAUGGGAAAAGAGAGAGGAGGGUCCAGCUGUUUGUGUGAGAGGAGCCGGGGCGCAGCGCCUGCUCUCCAAGGUGCUCCUUCCACCAAACACUCAGCAGAGUUUAACGCUCACCGGCAUGGGCUCAGGAUGGUGUCGCAAACCCUACUCCUCGCUCUCUCCCUUUCUGUCCUUCUCACUCAGCUCGUCUUGAGUCGUCUCUCUGACUCCCUCCUCACCCUGUCCGACUCUGCCCAUACUCUCUACCUCGUCAUCGGCCUCUGCCCUCACUUUAUUCUUUCUCGCUCAUCCUCGCUGCCCCAAUAUGCCCGCGUCCGCCUCCCCACUCUGUUCUCCCUGCUCGCCCCGCUAUUCCUCUCCUCCCUGGGGCUUUCUCUCACCUUGGGCUCUCUGGGGCGCAUCGUCCGUCCUCACUCGCUGCACCGGCCCGUCCUCAUCCUGGUGGCCGGAGCGUUGGGUCUGGUGUUCAAAGUCGUAUACAUGGGCAUCACCGGAACUUGGAAAGGUCUACGUGUAGCAGGAGUGCAGCCUCGACAGUCAAGAUGGCCCCCAAUCUUGCUGGUGCUUGCCUCUUUCACUCCCUCAGUUCUCCUGCUUGCCAGUGGGCUCUUCCUCCAUCUCUUCAGCCAUCCAUCCUUGCAUUACAUGGAUCCCGCGCUCUGCCUGGCCUCUAUUACCGUCAUGGUAGCUUCGGUUUACUCGACCAUUGUUCAAAACGCCUACCUCCUGCUACAGGCCGUGCCCCCCUGUGCUGACGUACUAACUCUUAAGCAUGACCUGGAUACCCUGUGUGGCCCUAAAGGUCACCAUGAGCUCCACGUUUGGGCUCUAGCUCCUGGACAUGCGGUGGCCACGCUUCACAUCUCUUGUACCGGACCCGAAGCGUACAAGGACUUCUUAAACCAAGCCAGGCCAAUCUUUGGACGUCACGGUGUGGACGAUGUGACCAUACAACCAGAGUUUGGUAGCCCUGGUCGAUGUUGCAUGGCCUGUGGUCCGGCGUGUGCCAAACACCUCUGCUGCAUCUCCUGGGAGCCAGAAACCAAGGGUCUAAUCUUGGAAAAUGCCUGCAAGUGACACCGGAAAGAAAAAGAGUCCCCUUUAGGUCAUUAACCAGUAAUAAUAAUGGGUAAACCAGGAGUCUACUCCCCAUCUUCUUCACCUCCGCUGGACUAUAGAGAACGUUAUUGAUGUUACUGACCACCGUAGUCUUCAAAAAGAAACAAAUAGUCACUGACAUGGGAUGGUCCAAUGGGUACUUUUCUUUUACAAUGUAUAAAAACAAUGACAAUAUUAGCAGCGCAUGAUCGAUAAAACAUCAAUAAAACAUCUAAAAACUAUACAACCAAA